AUGGCAAAUGCAGACUUGGGAGAUCAAACAUCCAUCACAGAAUUCAUUCUCCUAGGAUUUGGGAACCUCCAGGAACUGCACUUUCUUCUCUGCCUGCUGUUUCUAGUGAUCUACAUUGCGACCAUGGUGGAGAACAUCCUCGUUGUGUUAGUUGUUGCUGAUCAGUAUCUUCACACUCCUAUGUACUUGUUCCUGGGGAACUUGUCCUGCCUGGAGACCUGCUACACCUCCACCAUCCUUCCCAGGGUGCUGGCCAGUCUCCUGACUGGAGACAGAACUAUUUCUGUUAGUGGUUGCAUCACACAAUUUUAUUUCUUCGGUUCUCUGGCAUCUACAGAAAGUUAUCUCCUUGUCAUAAUGUCUUUUGACCGGUAUUUAGCAAUUUGUAACCCAUUGCAUUAUGCAGCACUUAUGAACAGCAAAUGUUGCCAUCAGCUAAUUGCUGGUUCUUGGAUAAGUGCCUUCUUGGCCAAUUGCUUGGUGAUAUUUUUGGCAUCACAAUUAACUUUUUGCAAGUCUAGUGAAAUUCUCCAUUUCUUUUGUGACUUCUCCCCAAUUGUAAAACUCUCCUGCAGUGACACUAACCUCAUUGAACUUCUAACUUUCAUCAUGGCCUUUAUAUUCACAGUGACACCAUUUCUCUUAACCAUGAUAUUCUACGUUUGCAUCAUCACCACCAUCCUGAGAAUCUCAUCCACCAGAGGGAGGCAAAAGGCAUUUUCCACCUACUCCUCUCACCUUAUUGUGGUGACCAUUUUCUAUGGAACCAUAAUCAUUGUCUACAUGCUGCCAGACACCAAUACACUGCGAGACCUGAACAAAGUGUUCUCUGUCUUCUACACAGUCUUGACUCCUCUGGUCAACCCGCUCAUCUACAGCCUGAGAAACAAAGAAGUACACAAAGCCCUGAGGAGAAAGACUGCCAAUAAAUGGAGAGCUUUUUGCAAGAGUGAAGAUGAUCUGAUGCCAUUCCAUUAG